UGAAAAAGCGUUAGGAAAAGAAAUUCUCUAGUCUAUUAUGUUAGAAGGUGCAAAAUCAAUGGGUGCCGGAGCUGCUUCCAAUUGCUCGGAAAUUCUCAGUUAUAUGGGGGGCUUAGAUAGUGAGCAAAAACAAUUGAUCAAGAAAUUGGUAAACUUUCACAUGAAAGAAGGUAAAGAACGAAGGUUCGUGCUAUUGUUUAUCAACUUUCAUCGCCCAGCUCGAACUGAAGGCGAUGUAAUCAAACUUAUGGUUGACGCCGUAGAGAAUAUAAAGCCCAUAUGCAAAGUAGAAAAAGUAAGAGUAGCAGGUACUAUUUAUGAUGUCCCCGGGAUUGUAGCCAGGGAUCGUCAACAAACCUUAGCUAUUCGUUGGAUCCUUGAAGCAGCUUUCAAACGACGUAUAUCCUACAGGAUAAGCUUAGAGAAAUGUUCAUUUGAUGAGAUACUGGAUGCUUACCGAAAGAGGGGAAUUUCGCGUAAGAAAAGGGAGAAUCUUCAUGGACUGGCUUCCGCCAAUCGAAGUUUCGCGCAUUUCAGAUGGUGGUAAAGUGAAACUACAUAAGGAGCUCUUCCUCAUUC